AUGGCAAUCUCGUCUCCAACUGACUAUCACCCAGCUUACGGGCACCCUAUCACUACCCUCAAUUCCACCCCUCCACCUCUCCCUUCCCCUCCAAUCAUGGUUCGCUGGUACCCCCCUCCACUCGGCACCUUCAAACUCAACUUCGACGGCUCCAGUAAAUCUUCUUCAGCAGCAGCAGGAAUCAUCAUCCGUAAUAAUGAAGGAAUUUCAAUUUCAGCAUGUACUUUUAAUCUUGGUCAAACUCAAGCCUUCAUGGCUGAAGCCAUCGCUCUCCACAAAGGUCUACAAGAAGCUAGGCGUCUUCAGAUCGAUAAUCUCCUUAUCGAAGGUGAUAAUCUUCUUAUCAUUAAUGCAGUUAAAGGGGUGUGGUCUACUCCUUGGAAGAUCAGUAACAUUAUUUCUGAUAUCAAACAUCUCCUCACCCUCUUUACCACGUGGAUAUCAAGCACAUUUUCAGAGAAGCAAAUUCGGCUGCAGAUUGGAUAG